CGAACGAGCCGAAGAAGAAGCCGUGGAUGCGAAGGAGCGGAGGUGAAGCCGGUGAUGCCAAUUGUUUCGUCGCGUGGUGGCGCCCAGUGUUUUCGACGUACGGUGACGCCCAGUGUUUUGCUGUGCGGUGACCGGUGAAGGUGUUUCGUGGAGGGAAAAGGUGAUGAAAAAAGAGGGGGGAAAGUUUUUGGGAAGGAUGAGGACGCUCGGGUGAAACAGAAAUGAAAGAACUGGUGCUUUUGCUGGUUCCAUGCAUUCCUAUUUCAAUGAACGGCCCAUAUUAGAGCUAGUGCAUUGAUGCAAUACUCUUGGAAUUGGACGCGCGAAGAAAACUUAAGAUGCUGAGCGAAAAUCUGAUUUGAAAAACUUUUGGAAUUGUAAAAGUCAUUAACAUUGAAGGUUGCUCCAAGAAUUUUGAGAAAUAAUAAUUAAAGUGAUUGUUGUUUCUCCAUCUCCAUCUGGUCCAAAGAGUUGCUCAAGUCCAGACGAAGCAGUUAUUUGCCUGCUCAACCCUUUAUCUUUUAUCAGAGGUUCAGAAUACUACUCUUUUCGUUUAUCUCAAUUGGUGGAGCCCUUAGUUUUAUGGGUCUAGUUAGUGCUUGAAAGAGUCUUAACGUAAUUUUCUGAGCAUAUUGGACGACUACGAAGCAUUAGAAUAUGAUGCCGGAUUGGUUACAAAGGUUAAACAAUGAGAUGGACUAGUCUGAGCUUAUGCUUUGGCUCAACUGCAUUUUCCAAACCACCCCACUUUUUCUCUCUGGUUUCCUUAACCACAAGUCGUCGAUUCCAAUCCUACUGGCGCCACUCUUCGCCAUACCAUUAUUCAACAAAUGAGUCAGCUGUUGGCGUCCUUCAUGCCAAGGCGGUCAAGAGUGGUACUUUCCAAAUUUUGAACGUGGGUAAUCAUAUUCUGAAUCUGUGCGUGAAAUCUCAAGAUUUGGAUUAUGCACAGAAGUUGUUCGAUGAAAUUUCUGACAGAGAUGUUCGUACGUGGACAAUUCUUAUGUCGGGCUAUGCACGAAUUGGGGCAUCUAGAAUGGUGUUGGACCUCUUUAAAGAUAUGCAAAUUGAGGGUGUUCGAGCAAACCAAUUUACAUUGUCAAGUGUUUUAAAGUGUUGUUCUAGUGUAAGUGAUCUCCGAAUGGGUAAAGGAAUUCACGGGUGGAUAUUAAGAAAUGGGAUUAAGUUGGAUGUCAUAUUGGAGAACUCUGUUCUUGACUUUUAUGUGAAAUGUGGGACAUUGGAUUAUGCAGAAAAAUUGUUUGAAUUGAUGGUUGAGAAAGAUACUGUGUCCUGGAACAUAAUGGUUGGUGCAAAUCUGCUUGUUGGAGACAUGGAGAAGUCUCUAGAUAUGUUCAGGGGUUUGCCCUAUAAAGAUGUUGCAAGUUGGAAUACGAUCAUAGAUGGGCUAACGCGAAAUGGAUAUGAAAGAACCGCGUUGGAGUUACUAUAUGAGAUGGUGAAGAAUGGACCUGCAUUCAAUAAAAUUACUUUUUCCAUAGCUUUGGUUUUGGUUUCUUCUUUAUACACCAUGGACCUAGGGAGACAAAUUCAUGGCCAUAUUUUGAGGUCUGGUUUUCAAAAAGAUGGGUUUGUAAGGACUUCACUUAUAGAUAUGUAUUGCAAGUGGGGGAAAAUGGAAAAGGCAUCCAUAAUCUUCAGAAAAAUGCCUCUGCCUUGUGUGAGAGAAAAAAAUUCCAAGUUUACUUCUGAUGAAUUAACGACAGAAAUUGUUUCAUGGAGUUCAAUGGUUUCCGGGUAUGUUCGGAAUGGUGAGUAUGAAGAUGCUUUGAAAAUGUUUAUCUCUAUGGUCCGAGAUCAAGUUGAGGUGGACAGAUUUACUGUCACAAGCAUUAUUUCUGCAUGUGCUGAUGCUGGGAUUUUGGAACUUGGUCGUCAGAUCCAUGCAUAUGUUCAGAAAGUCGGGCACACAAUAGAUCUUCAUUUUAGUUCAUCGUCAAUUGACAUGUAUGCUAAAUGUGGUUGCUUGGAUGAUGCUUGGACAGCUUUUAAGCAAACUGUUAAUCUGAAUGUUGUGUCGUGGACUUCAAUGAUAAUUGCUUGCGCUUUACAUGGGAAAGGGAGGAAAGCUGUUUGGCUUUUUGAGCAAAUGAUGCAUAAGGGGAUUAAACCAAAUGAGGUUGCUUUUGUAGGGGUUUUAAGUGCAUGUAGCCACGCGGGGUUGCUUGAAGAAGGUUACAAGUAUUUCAGGUUGAUGAAAGAAGUUCAUUGCAUCAAGCCUGGAGUUGAACACUUCACUUGUAUGGUUGAUCUUUAUGGUCGAGCUGGUCAUUUGGAUAAGGCGAAGGAGUUCAUUCAUGAAAAUGGCAUCUCUCACCUGACUGCGGUUUGGAAAUCAUUUCUAUCCUCUUGCAGACUUCAUAAAAAUAUUGAGAUGGGAAAGUGGGUUUCUGAAACACUUCUUCAGCUUGAACCUUUAGAUUCAGGACCUUAUAUUUUGUUUUCAAACAUGUGUGCCACCAGUGAGAGAUGGGAAGAGGCAGCUAAAAUGAGGAGCUUGAUGCAACAGAGAAGGAUUAACAAAGUCCCUGGUCAGUCUUGGAUUCAACUAAAGAAUCAAGUCCACACUUUUGUAAUGGGAAAUAGGUCUCACCCACAAGAUACAGAGAUAUAUACAUACUUGGAUGAGCUGAUUGGAAGAUUGAAGGAGAUCGGAUACACAUCUGAUGUGACGCUGGUGAUGCAAGAUGUAGAAGAAGAACAAAGGGAAGUGCUUCUUGGUUAUCACAGUGAAAAACUUGCAGUCGUGUAUGGCAUCAUUAGCACAACUUCUGAAAUGCCUAUUCGGGUAAUGAAGAACCUUCGGGUUUGUACCGACUGUCAUAAUUUUAUAAAGUAUACUUCUGGGCUUUUGCAUAGGGAAAUUAUUGUGAGAGAUAUUCAUCGAUUCCAUCACUUUAAGCAUGGCCACUGUUCCUGUGGAGAUUACUGGUGAGCAAAAUUUGAGUAUCUCGUGCAUAAAGUCUUGCAAGUCAUAAAUCAUUCUAGUGACAAUCUAGAUCCAGUCGCCAUAAUUGGGAAGCACUUCACUUUGUAUUUAUUUAAACCAUGGAAUGGAGCUAGUAACAAUCUAAUAGAGAAAGAAUGGAGCUCGCGUUCUAUAAUUCUUCAAGUCAAGCUUCCCUUAUUCAUCUUGAAAACGCAGAUCCCAUGUUGUGCAUUCUCUUCGUGUUGAAGUAUUGAACAAAUCCGGGAAUACUUUCGCCACAUUUUCCUGGAGAGAAAGAGGGAGAGAGAAAGAAGUUAGACACCUUUUUGUCCCAUGUGGUUUGACUUUUUUAUUUUUUGCACUCUGGGAUUCAAUUUUUAUCACAGGUGAUACUUGGGCUAUGAAAAAAGACGGAGAUGGUACAUUUUUCCAAAUUUUCAUCAAAAAACUAACGGUAGUCCACAUGUUUACUCUCAGUU